UUUUGCAGUUUUUACACGGUUUUUUCACAUUUCACUCGAUCUCUUAUCGCAUGCUGAAGUGUAUAUAUCUAAUAUAAAUUAUAAGAUUGGGUAUUUGAUUGUGUGGUAAAAUCGGUAACCAGUGCUGCUUUGCUGUGCUUGCUUUCUAUCUAUAGUGUAAAUGUGUUUCAGUAUUCAUUCCUUUUUGCUAUAAUCGGAACAAUAUAAAAACCAGCUCGAACAAGAAAUUGUUCGGAUUCGGAAAAAGAUCAUACGAAAAAAAAAUGUCUAAAUAAUUGAAAAAAGUUAAUGCAAGCUAAAAUAAGUUAAUAUAAACUGAAAUAAGCCAAUAUUUGUCAAAAUCAUAUAAAAUAACUUUCCUUUGCAAGAUAUCCUUAUUACUUUUGUCGAAAAGCUGCCUACCUCCGAUUUCAAUGGUUUUCAAUGCCAGUUUUUCGCGAAUAUCUCAGAAACUAAGCGAAUGCAUCCUUUCUACGUAUAGGAAAGAGUUGUUUAAAAUAUUGAUUUCUACAACACAUCCAAAAAUCAUCAAAAUUUAAGGGUAGGUAGUGUUUCUACAGUUUCACCGUUUUAUAAUAAUAGAAAUAAAGAUUUUAUAAUUAUAUCAUAUUUUAUGUGUUUUUAAUAGGUACCCGAUAUUAGCAACACCUAUAGAAUAAAUAUUUGCACACUUCCAAACAAUCUUGAUUUUCUAUAUUCUAAAUAGCUUUUUCAAAGACGGUCUCUCAUUUCCUGAUUCUGUACGGUCGAAUUAAGAUUUUCAACGGUAUACAAGGUUCUUUUUGCCAUUUGACCUUUGCUAGCAGGAGAAAUAUAUUAAGUACCCGGUUAUGCCCCUAUGGCAUUAUUAGCAGAAGCAAAUAUUGAAUUUUUUUUUUAUGUGAACGAAAGGAAAAAAUGAGUCGUUCUCUGGUCGCGUUGUCAAAUGUGUACAUGCCUAUAUUUCAUAUAAAAAUGUCCUUUCCGUAAACGACAAAAUUGUCGCUAAUGCGCGGGGGCUUCAAAAGGAAGAAUAUGCAAUACACACAUAUCACGAUUAAAAUAUUUUCCAUGUCGUUCAUUACUAUAUUGUUAUAUCAAAUAUAUAUAUAUUGUUUAAUGCUAUUGUUUAUAUGUAUGUUUGUACAAUGUAAACUGAAGGUCAUUACAAAACCGAAAUGCAACCUGAAAUAACAAAAUAAAAAUAUAUUAUUUAGUGUUUCAGAAGAAUGAAAGACGCACAAGCACUGUAUUUGAUAUUUCUUAUUACAAAGUAUUUAAAAAGUAUCUACUAUUCUUGGGACAGUUUCCAAAUCAAUCGCGCUGGAGUAAGAAACUUAAUCUAACCGUGAUGAUAGGCAGUCUAUUGACAUUACAUUAUCCAGGUUUUGUACAAAUUUAUACGUCAUUAUACGCAAAAGAUGUGGCAAAGUUCUUGGAAGCCAUACCUGUAAUAACUACGUUAACAGCUGUCUUAAUAAAAUUGUUAAAUCAUGUAAUUUACAAGGAAAAUUUCGAAAAGAUGUUCCAUAUCAUAAAGAAAGAUUGGGAAUUGUUAAACGAUAAGAGCGAAGCGCAAAUUCUUAAGGAAAUUACUAAAGAAGGAAAGAAGCUUGGUGAAAUAUAUAGAACUUUUAUGUUAUCAUGUAUGUCAGGAUUUAUAAUUAUUCCAUUGUCCCCUGUGAUCUUGGAUAUCAUCUCACCGCUCAAUGAAACUCGUCAUCGAGAACAAAUGUUUAGAGUAACAUACUUUCUAGAUGAAGAUCAGUACUUUUAUCCUAUAUAUUUUCAUUCACUUUGGUGUGCAUUCAUAAUAACGAUGAUUGCAGUCACUAUCGAUUCAUUAUACAUACAAAUUGUUCAUCAUGAUAGCGCCUUAUUUGCCAUAUGUGGGCAGGCCCUCAUAACAGCACGAAAAUCUACUGAUGUUGACACAAAUAAAACUUACACUGAAUGGCUCAGGCAGUGCUUGACUAUGCAUAACGAUGCCCUCCAAUUAUUCGAGAUGCUAGAUGACAGCAGCCGUAGAAGCUACUUUUUUCAAAUUUUACUGACUAUGAUCGGCAUGACCGUAACAGCCGUACAAGCCGUUAUGAAUCUCCAUCAACCUGAAGAAGCUCUCAGAAUUGGUCUGUUCCUUGUAGCUCAACAAUUCCACUUGCUUAUUAUUACCCUACCUGGUCAAGUAAUCACGGAUCAUAGUUUCGAGUUGACUAAUGAUAUAUACCGCUCAAUGUGGUACAACAUGCCAAUAAAUGUUCAAAGAGUACUUCACAUGAUGCAAAUGAGAUCUAGUAAACCAUGUAAGUUGACAGCAGGAGGGAUAUACGAAAUGAACAUUGAGAAUUUUGGAACGGUACGUACUUUGCAGUGUUAGGUUUAUAA